AUGAAGUCCCUCAUUCUGUGUCUCGUGUGUGUGCUGGCGUACGCUGGAGGCCAACGGAUCACCACCAUCCAGCUGGACGGUGUGCAGUACUUUAUCAGCCGAAUGAAUCCGUAUUCGCCCGAGCUGAACUACUUCCUGGCCUACCAGUACUGCCGCUCGCUCGGCCUGCAGCUGGCGUCGUUCGAGACGAAGGAGAAGGUGGAGUCGAUGACGGAGUACCUGCAGAACGCGGGCUACGGCAAGUACGACUUCUGGACGUCCGGCAACCGGCUCGGCACCCCGAUGUUCCUGUGGAUGAGCACCGGCCUACCGUUCAACGCCACGUUCGAUUACUUCGAGAAGUCGCCGGAAACGGUCGGACUGGACCCGAUGGACCACAACAGCAACACCUCGCCUCAGCGCACCGCCCGCGACAGUAGCAACGAACUGCAGAAGGGCUGCGUGAUCCUGAAGGCCCCCAGCCACCGGUGGGCCCCGGAGGACUGUUCGGCGGUGAAAGACUUCAUCUGCGAGCAAACACGGUGCUACUACUACAACUACGGUAGCAUUCCGGUUUCGUCCGCGCAGGGGUAA